AUGGUUGACCCGAUCUCUAUCAUCUCGCUAGUGGAUCUUUGUUUGAAGACAGGGAAGCAGUUAUGGGACCUCUGCUCCGCAUUCAAGCAUGCAAGGGAGGAUAUCGCCGGGCAGAUUCUUCGAGUAAAGAAUUACUGGAUGCGCGCAAACUUGCAACUUGCAACCGUCAAAACAAUCGCCCACGAGUUGCACGAGGACCACCAGAAGGUUAUCUACGAGACUAUCGACAUGCUUAAUAGCAGGCUGAAAGCUGCUGCGAUCAACAUCGAAUACACUAUGAAGAGGGAGCGCAACGGGAUAGAGGGGAAAUUUAGUCGCGUCAAGUAUAUGAUGUCUCGACAAAGUAUCGACAAAUCGGUCGAUGACCUCGAGCGAUGGCAGACAAUAUUUGAUCCAUCUUGGUACCUGGCGAUGAGUCGGGUAGGACCUCUGGUCGAAAAUCAGCUAUCUGAAUGGAAACAAUCCCCAGUCGAAUAUUGUCGAGCUGCUGUCUCCUCGGCUGAAUCGCUCAGGUCAGCGGUAAAAAUCACGUCAAACGGAGAGGUGCCCAGAGAGAAAGUUCUUCUUCCAGAAGCAUUCCUCCAGACCCUUGGUGCACUGGAUAUCCCUCUUUCUUCGGCCCAGCUAGGCACGCGUGAAGAUAAGGGCCAGAUGCUCAUCAUGGAGAAAGUUCAGCCUCUUCCUGGACUCAAUGCAAAUGAUCUAGACAAGAAUUGUCGGGAUCUCGCACGGCGACUCAUCAGGUCGAAUCCUCUUGAAUUUGGAUUGCUGAGUUGCAAAGGUUAUAUGAAGCACCGAGAUCAACCUCUGAAUCGUGCCUAUGGCGACACAUUCACACUCUUAUUCCGAGUCCCUGAUGGAUUCGUCCAGCCUCGAACUCUUCGCAGUCGUCUUAUGGAAUUGAAGCCAACGGAAUCUCUCACAGAUCGGUUUAGAUUGGCGACUGAACUCGCCAGAGCUGUCAGUUGUGUGCAUUCAUUCGGAUUCGUCCACAAGAACAUAAGACCGGAGACUAUAUUGUUGUUGACCAAUACCAAGUCCUCGUCCGAGUCCGCCUUUCUCAUCGGAUUCGAUAGUUUCAGAAUGGCAACGGGCAAAACCCUGCGCAAAGGCGAGCUUGCCUGGGAGCGAUGUCUUUAUCAACAUCCGGACCGAAUUGGGUCAUCUGUCUCGGAAGAUUAUAUCAUGCACCACGACAUCUACAGUCUGGGUGUGUGCCUGCUGGAGAUUGGUUUGUGGGAACCUCUUGUGACCUACGAGGAUCCGAAUAUGCCGCUUCCCAGAAAUGGAGCCCAUCCCGCGGCCUCCCGAGCUUCAUUCUUGGAGGAAGUUGGAGACUCGUACUACUUCAAAGACCAGCUCUUGUCAUUGGCACGAGGCGAGCUACAGCAACGGAUGGGUACGCGGUACUCUGAAGUUGUGGUCACCUGCUUGACUUGCCUGGAUCUGGAUAAUGAGGACUUUGGUGACGAGACCGAAUUCCAAGAUGAGGAUGGCAUCGAGGUUGGUGUGAGGUAUAUCGAGAAGGUCACAAUGCGAUUGAACAGUGUCUGCGUCUAA